CGCACGUGUAAACUAACCGUUACACGUGUGCGGCCUGGAGGUAGAAUUAUCGUAAAUCAUGUGCUCUCUGAAUCAAGUCAAACCAAACCACCAUAACCAAAUCCAACUCAUUUCAUAUGAAUCUUCUGGUUUCGUGAUCGCCCAUCUUCCCCCCAUUCUCUUCCUGUUAUCAGCUAUUCCCACGUUACUCGUCACUGAUCCUCUCUCCCCCUCUCUCUCCCUCCCUCUGUCUCUAUGGGUGAGAACAAGGAGGGGGAGGAGGGAUUAAUGGCGAAUUCCACCAAGCCAAACCCAAAGCUGACAAUACUGCCUCUGAUCGCCUUGAUUUUCUACGAGGUCUCCGGCGGCCCCUUCGGAGUCGAGGACUCCGUGAGAGCAGGCGGCGGCCCUCUCCUCUCUCUCCUAGGUUUCCUGAUUUUCCCCUUCUUCUGGAGCAUCCCGGAAGCCCUAGUCACCGCGGAGCUCGCCACCAGUUUCCCGGAAAACGGCGGCUACGUGCUCUGGAUCUCGUCGGCGUUCGGCCCAUUUUGGGGAUUCCAGGAAGGGUUUUGGAAAUGGUUCAGCGGGGUGAUGGAUAACGCCCUCUAUCCGGUACUCUUUCUCGAUUAUCUGAAGCACUCUUUCCCGAUUUUCAAUCAGACGAUGGCCAGAAUCCCGGCGUUGUUGGGGAUCACGAUGUCGCUGACCUACUUGAAUUACAGAGGAUUGCACAUUGUGGGAUUCUCAGCUGUUUUACUUGCUUGCUUCUCACUUGUCCCGUUUGUGGUGAUGGGGGUUUUGUCGAUUCCCCGAAUUAGGCCUAGGCGGUGGCUGGUUGUGGACUACGGGAAGGUGGAGUGGAGGGGAUACUUCAACAGCUUGUUUUGGAAUCUGAAUUACUGGGACAAUGCAAGUACGUUGGCAGGGGAGAUUGAGAAUCCGAGCAGGACGUUUCCGAGGGCGCUGUUGGGGGCCGUGGUGGUGGUGGUGUGCUCGUAUCUGGUCCCUCUGCUGGCGGGCACGGGUGCUGUGGAGACGGAUUCAAGUGAGUGGAGUGACGGAUAUUUCGCGCAGAUAGGGAUGCUCAUAGGUGGUUCUUGGUUGAAGUGGUGGAUACAGGCCGCCGCUGCCUUGUCUAACAUGGGCUUGUUUGAAGCUGAGAUGAGCAGCGACGCUUACCAGCUGCUCGGGAUGAGCCACAUUGGGAUGCUCCCUUCUGUUUUUGCUAUCAGAUCAAAAUAUGGGACUCCCACGUUCAGCAUUCUGUGUUCUGCAAGUGGCGUCAUAUUCUUGUCAUGGAUGAGUUUUCAGGAGAUUCUGGAAUUCCUAAACUUCCUCUACGCUGUUGGAAUGCUGUUCGAGUUUGCAGCCUUCAUCAAACUGCGAAUACAGAAGCCAGAACUACACAGGCCUUACAAAGUCCCCUUGGAGACAUUCGGCGCAGCAAUGCUCUGCCUGCCCCCGGUAUUGUUGCUCGUUCUGGUGAUGUGUCUGGCGUCCUUGAAGACGUUCAUAGUGAGCGGCGCUGUGAUCUUGCUGGGAUUCGCUUCGUAUCCCGUCUUGAUGCAUGCUAAGGAGCAGAAUUGGGUCAAGUUCAACACAGAUGCAACUACAUUAAGGGCAUCUGCCUCUGAUCUUGAAGGCCAUCCAGAGCAUCAAGAGCGCGCUGAUGAAGAAUCUCACAGCCUUCUAGCAGAUUUUCCAGCUUCUAGAACCAGCCACGUCUCCGAUGUUGUUGUCUCACUGGAGGGGGACACAAAAUUGGAGUAGAAGGUAACUAUAUAUAUCCAUGCUCUACAUGCUUCCAGCAGUUGCAGAAUAUAUAAAGAAAAAUGCAUCAUCUCAAUUUUUUAUGGUCCGAGUUAAAUGUGGUAGUCAUCUGUUCAGCUUUGGCUUCCCAACCUCUAUUUGGAAAUUGGGAAUGUCAUUAGUGUAUGUGAUACUGAAAAAAGAAUUCAGCAGAUGAUAAAUUAAUUAUACAUUCAAAAUAUUCAUUAA